UGGGCUUCUCCACCACAUCCCUUUUGCCCAAAUCUCGUGGAUUCAUGCCCGCCUCAAUGCCGUUCUGGACAUACACAGAAAUCUCGUUCACUCUCGAGAUGAGGGCGCCUUUAUGAUUAAACUCCUUCUGGUCGCAGAUCCCACAACGUGAUUGGGGCAAUGAUCAUGACGACGAUGUUACAUCUACUCUUGUUCUCUGACCACCAAUAUGCCAGCGCUGGAGAUUCCGGGCGGCGCAUUCAAACCAGCCUCCACCGACAUUCUGGUGAUUCAAUCUCACAACUCGAUGGGCGGCUCAGGCAUCUCCCUGGCGUUCCUCCGCCACCCCACAACGCACAAAGGUCUCGUCGUCGAUUUACACGGUCAGAUCCGGGAGCUACCAGAUGUGGAAAUGGAGACUCUGGAGCGACAAGUACAGGACGCGCGGAGGUUGAUCGUGGACAAGUUUGGAGCCGGGACGAAGCCAGCGUGGAGUCGGCCGCAGAAUGAAUCUUGCCCUAGCGACCAGUUUUAUGAUCUGGGAACGCAAGACGGCGCACCUGGAGCACUCGAGACGUUUCAGCUAUCAGGACACGAGGUAUACGAGCCCGACGAGCCUGAUGCAGUCGUGUGCUAUCGUGACGGUCUGAAAUCUGUCGUGGAUGAGAUCCCCGGCGCGCUGGUUUCGCUGGAAACGACCAUGUACAAACUACAGCAAGAGCUGCUGCCAGCCUGGGACUGGUCGGCGACCUCUGGGAACGUGCAGGAAGACAUCCAGCAGUUAUUGACGGCUGUGGACUCAAUGGCCACGAUGAACUCAGCGAGCUUCUGGAGCUAACCUCUUGGUUAGUCCCGAAGGACGUCUACUACAUACAUCGAGUGAAGACCUUUCUCAAGUUAUAAGUCACAGUAUAAUCGCAUAUUGCGCCAUCCGUUCCCACAUCCUAAACCAGCGGCUCUGGACUCAUUUAGGUCGCUUGGACGGGCGGAUCACUCAGCUUGCUAGCGCCUUUUCCCUCUUUCUGAGCAUAGAGAGAGAGGAUAAGCGUUUAUGCCACCUUGCCCACACAAGUACGGACACUACUCGGUAGUACUUCUCCUGGGGUACAAAACAAGACGUCAUCCGCACCUCAUUGGAGAAUGACAUCCAUAAACUGGGGUUGAAAGCCGGCUGGCAUCAGAAUCGAGUCGCGGACGAUUGAAGUCUCUUUUGUCGCACCAACCCUCGACGUUCGACGCGCAUUACCACGCUCACUUGGGACAGAUUUUGCGUCGUCGCACAAGGUCAUCUCAUCACGUUCACCUCCAGCGGAAUCUGCUCCUCAGGAUCGGGUUCUCAUCCACUUCUAACGCAUGAGAAAUGCGACAUUUUUUGCCUGCCGACUCCUGAGCUGGAAUCGACGAUGCAUGGAGCCGCGAGAUUCGCACACAGCGACAGAGAUCACAGAAUCAAAUCAGAGGUUCGUACUUGUGAACUGCUAACAUGUGUAAUAAAACCGAUUCGAGAAAGGGUCAGACGACUAGGAUGUGCCCUCAAACACGUGUCCAUGUCCAAGGCCCACGUUGAUCACUUUCUCGUCAGAGGCGGUGAGAGGCAUCGUGGUCAGUGUCAAGUGCGGGGGUGCAGUGUGAAGGAAGGGAAAGCGUAGACCGAUAGCUGCGGGAUGGUACAACGAGUACAAUUAUCAGGCCAUGUUUCGAUUUCAGCGCCACUCGAGGAUCAGUUGGGGCUGCCUUGAACGAGGGAGUCGCGAGGUGCACGUUUCGAUGUAUGAGAGAGGGAGAGCAACAUCGCCCCACUGGAAGCGCCCGAGGCCAGCACUGAGUGACUUGGAUUGAGUGCUCGUCAUCACUCCAUAGCCCUAAUCAGAUUGCGUUCAUCCGCUCAAUACGGAACCAGGGGUCGUGGGCUGCUUGAAGAGGAAGUCGGCCUUGUAGGCGAGGAUAAAGACGUAAACCAGGAUACAGGUGCUAGAUCGGAUACGAGAGGCGGUGUGCACCCGUCGAUGCCUUGCGUAGUCCACGACGCAGUGCUGAUUGGGACAGCUUUCUGAUAACUGAGGUAUUUUUGAAAAGAGAAGGGAGCGGUGUUUUUCGACAAAGAUCAGGCCUCUGUUGCCCAGUAGAGAACAAGAGCAUGGUGUGCUAGUGAAAACAGAGAAUUGGAAACGACAUCAGAGGCUGGAACUAGAUACCGGGCAUAAUGCGCCCCGCGCACUCCGCAUCGCCUCCACAGAAACUCCUGGCAGGGCCCUCGUGCUUUGUGCGUGUCCAUGGAUGUCGUGAAAUGUCGGAGAAGGAAAGGGAGAGGUUGCCGUGGCCGAGUCACUCCGCGUGUCAUCACAGUGACUCAGCGUAUGGCGGUCAUCUAACCGAGCAUUACAAAAACCCUGGUCGCUCUCUGACCACCGACAUAACACCCAAUAGUAAGAUGCAGCUCGAAUCACAAACACCUCUUCUUACGCCGCCUGUAUUCGAUAGCGACUUUCCCUCUGAGCUCAGUGACAUCUUCCACACCGAGCUGUUCGCGUCGCUACCCUCAACGUCCGCCCCUUCAUCCUCGCGCGGUACUAGCCCAAGCGCCUUCAUCUCGAUCCUACCGGGUCCUGAACCAAACGUCUACAUCGCUUCAAACACACUAGAUCCCCUUGACCUAGUCGAGGAACAGAACAAUGCCGCGCUGCGUGCUGAUCCCAGCCUCUCCCUGCCUCUCAUCCCGCCCCCAUACAACUUGUUCGCGGGCUCCUUGAACGGUAUUCACUCUACACCGUCGAUCUCUGCUCCUCGUUCUCUUCCCGACACUCGCCUCGUCUUCACCAUUGACCCACAGCUGGUCGAUUCGCCGGGUUCCGUCGCGUUCUCUGACUUCUCACCCGAACCCUUCUCCAACUCCGAGGAUGACGAGGCGGCAACUCAUCUCGUCAGAUCUGCGGUCCGAUUGAAGAACCGGAAGGGCACUGUUGUGGGCGGAGGGGUGAAGAAGGGGUCUCCGCCGCCUUCUUCGCGUCCCGCACCUACUAACAAAGAGAACCGUGCCACCUUCCGGGCCUCGAUGCUGCUCCCUCAACCUGAAGACGAAGAAGAAGACGAAGUUCCGGACGACUGGCGCCCACCGCCUGAAGUGUUUCAGAAAAUGACGAGCAAGGAGAAGCGCCAGCUGCGGAACAAGAUCAGCGCACGUAAUUUCCGUGUCCGGAGAAAGGAGUAUAUCUCCACUUUGGAGCAGAACAUCGCCGAACGAGACCAGGUCCUCACAGCCAUCUGCGAGGAGCUCGGCAGCGCAAAGAACGAGAAUACUGCUCUGCGGCAGGAGAUAGCGGCGCUCAAGCGGGCCUUGCUCGAGAGCCGCGGUCCCGCACAUACUGUCUUGCUGUCGCCACGCGUCCCGCUGUCACCGCCGAUUCGCGCACUAACGCCGUCCGCUGCACUGUCCUCCUCUCUCGCAUCAACAUCCAGUCAUCGUGCUUCCCUCCUGGUAACGCCGAAUGUGCGCAAGGAUUUGGCCGCCAACUCGAGGUUUUGGGGUGGUCUUUCAUCUCCGCUGGGCGGAGGCUUCACGAGCGUUCAUACUGUGACUGUUCCCGAGCUUUCGUUGAGUGUAUUUGCAGACAUGGACGGAAAGCUGGAUACCGCCCUCGAUGACACCAAGGCGUUGAUGCCGUGUAGUGCCUCGAGUCUUGGACCACGGAAUGGUGCACCACAUCUUAGAGGCAAUGCGCUCGGAGACGCAAAUUCCUCCGCUGUGGGCAACUCGGAUGCUCCUCACAUCCAUCUCUGGAAAGGCACGACUGCUCUGACCCUGCAUGCUCCAGAGCAUCAGGACAAGACCCACUCAGAGACUCCAGUUACAGUCAUCAAGCUUCCUACAGAGCCCAGGGCCAGUAAACAUCUCCAGCCUCCGUCAUCCACGGCCGAUGGUCUCUGGCAAGCCACGUCGUCCUUGUUAUUGUCCGGCAAGCCCAGUCUUCUUGGCCACCAGCAAGCUCUGGAGAACCACCAGGUCGAUGCUGAGGUGUUUGCUGCCUAUGCUGCGGUUGUUGGGAGCUAUUUCCUUCUAUCAAGCCUGGGCGGAGCAUUCUGGGAUGCGUUUACGGGACAUGAAGCUUCUGACGAACCCCGAUCGUUUCAUAGGAUUUGGACAGGUGAGAACGAUGUUAGAUGGCAGGGCGACUGUGAACAUCGUUGAUGCGAAACGUCGAAACCUGCCGGCGACGAUCCGCCUGUAGGAGAGCAUCCACUCUUCUAGUCUCGCUCAAUCGCUGUAUUGUUGUAACUCGUGCGGGUCGUCUGUGUAUAUGCUGUAUCUUGAUUCACUUGUACCAAAAUAUCGUAGUAUUGCUAUGUAUGAUAUGUAGCAUCCAGUUCGGUUGUGUGCCGUGCCACGGGUGGUUACGGUCGAUUUUGCUAAUGCCUACUCUGCCGUUCCAAGGUGCCGAAUCUCCGUAGCGCGGUAUCAUUUGUAUGACAGAACCAUUCUUAGGACAAGGAGAACAAUGGAACGUUAUGAGAUUUCA